CGCCCCGUGGGGCGCCCGUCGCCGAGCCAACCACCCUAUAAAACCCGGGGGUCGCCGGGUGUCCGCCUCCCCCCCUCACCGUCGCAGCAGCUCACAUCACAGCACCACCACCUCCCCGGAAAAGAGAGACGCGCCACCGGGCCGCUCGACGGCGAACAUGGCCGUGUACAUCCGCCUCAACGACGCCGUCCGCGCGCGCCUCCGCGGGGAUGACGCCGCCGGCGCGGGGUGCACCAGCAGCGGCAGCGACCACGACGCGUCCGCCUGCCUCUCCGGGCUCGUGCAGGCGUUCCUCGAGACGGAGGCCGGCGCCGCCGAGGAGGGAGCUGGGCCGGCGCCGAAGGAGUAUGAUUCCGAUGAUGGGGAUGGUUCUGAGCGAGCGGCCGCCGCUGCGGCGUCCGUGAGAGAGCUGCUCGACCCGCCGGCGAAGGAGGACGUGUUCCGGAUCAGGCUGGCCGCCGCGGUGGCGGCGGCCAUGGAGGCGGAGGCGGCGCUGCGGGCGCACGGGGCGGCGUUCCGGCGCGCCGUGAUGCGGCGCCUGCGCGGCGCGGGAUACGACGCCGGCGUGUGCAAGUCGCGGUGGGAGGCGUCCGGCGGCAUCACGGCCGGGACGUACGAGUACGUCGACGUGGUGGCACCGCCGGCUGCGAGGGGCGGGCCGCGGGGCAGGUACAUUGUAGACGCCGACUUCCGGGCGGGGCUGGAGGUGGCGCGCGCGACGCCCGAGUACGCGGCCGUCGUGGCCGCGGUGCCGGCGUCGGCGGUGGUGGCGCGGGAGGAGUCGGUCGGGCGCGCCGUGCGCGUGGCGUCCGACUCGGCGCGGCGGUCGCUCCGCGCCCACGGCCUGCACGUGCCGCCGUGGCGCAAGACCCGGUACAUGCUCGCCAAGUGGCUCGGGCCCUACAAGCGGUCGACCACCACCUCGCCGGCGGCAAUGCCGAUGCCCGGCGCCGCCGGUCUGGACGUCAAGUGCCGCGCCGUCGGGUUCUUCCCGCCCCCGGCCGCCGCGCCGGCGGCGAGGAUCAAGUAGCUCGCCACCUUCACGGCGUUCUCCGGGGAGAGAUCAUGGAAAAAGAGAUGUUCUUUGUAGAAAAAAGAGAGAUUUUUAGUGCGCGAGAGUUCCAUUUUGACUUUGAGUUGCUCUCGAACUUUUUUGUACAGGGAUUUUUGUUCGAGAUUAUCAAGAGCGCAAAUUGUUCUUGCACACCACUUUGCUUUUAAGAAAAAAAGGUGGCACGAGAAAUCAUUAAGUACUG